CUAUGAGCCUAUCUUCUCCAAUAUAUUCAUCAUCAUCAGUAUACUAUACUAGUAGUAGGUAACUUGUUUCCUCUUCCUCGAUUUGAUCGUUCCUAGCUCACUAUUUCUCUCUCUCUCUCUCUAUCUCUAUCUCUCUCCUAAACAAAAGAAAAAAAAAAACCUUGCUUCUUCUCUCCUAUCUCACUCUACUGCUUUUGUAUGGCAGCAGGGUUUCAGUGGCAGUGCAGAAAAAGGGAAGGGAGAGUUUUCAUUGGGAAGGUAAAACCUUUUUUUGGCACCAAUGCCUUACACUAACCCUUCUUCCUGUAACUCAUCCUUCAUUCAUCUCUCUCUACCCCGCGUGCACUCUUCUUCUUCCUCAGUUUAAAUCAUAAGUAACCUUUUAUUAUCCACUAGAGAGAGUGUGAGUUUCAUUAAAUGCUGAAAAUGUGUGGAAAGAAAGAUUAACACUCAUUUUCCAAAGGAAAUCUCUGCAGGCUUUUGCCAGUAUAUAGUAGAAUCCAAAUUUUAACCUCUUCUCUCUACUUCUUCAUGUAACUGACUCUAACUAUACCUAGCCACCACAAUUAACACUUUCACUGUUUAUUUCCUUUUCACCAUAAAACCCGGGUGACCCUUGUAGUAAGUACUACUAUUGAGAGAGAGAAAGAGAAUGGUUUGUGUGUAGUGUAGAGUAGAGAGAUUCAUUCAAUGGAGGGUAGUUCUAAUGGAAGUUCUUCUUAUGUGAUGGGUGCUUUUGGAGAAAACAGUGGUGGGCUAUGUCCUCCAAUGAUGAUGAUGCCUUUAGUCACUUCUUCUCAUCAUCAUCCAAUAAAUUCCAACAAUAAUAAUGCAAACAACACAAGCUGUCUCUUCCUUCCUAUCCCUAAUUCCACUACUAAUAAUAAUAAUAAUAAUCACUACACCAACAACAAUAACAACAACUCUUCUAUCAUGCUUCAAAAUAAUCACCACACCACACAAACCACUCCUGGAUUAGGCUACUAUUUCAUGGACAACAACAACAACAAUGGAGGAUCCUCUUCUUCUUCCUCUUCUGCUGUUAAAGCCAAGAUCAUGGCUCAUCCUCACUAUCACCGUCUCUUGGAAGCCUACAUCAAUUGUCAAAAGGUUGGAGCACCAGGUGAAGUGGUGGCAAGGUUAGAAGAAGCAUGUGCUUCUGCAGUGAGAAUGGGUGAUGAUGCAGUUGGAUCAGGUUGCAUAGGUGAAGAUCCAGCUCUGGAUCAGUUCAUGGAAGCUUACUGUGAGAUGCUUAUCAAAUAUGAACAAGAACUCUCCAAACCCUUGAAAGAAGCCAUGCUUUUUCUUCAAAGGAUUGAAGUCCAGUUCAAAAACCUCACUGUUUCUUCUUCUUCAGAUAAUAUUGCUUGUAAUGAAGGUGGAGAUAGGAACGGAUCAUCGGAAGAAGACCAGGUUGAUCUAUACAACAACAUGAUAGAUCCUCAGGCAGAAGACAGGGAAUUAAAGGGUCAGCUUUUGAGAAAGUACAGUGGAUAUUUGGGGAGUCUGAAGCAGGAAUUCAUGAAGAAAAGGAAAAAAGGAAAACUUCCAAAAGAAGCAAGGCAGCAAUUACUUGAAUGGUGGAGCAGACAUUACAAAUGGCCUUAUCCAUCUGAAUCACAGAAGCUGGCAUUAGCAGAGUCAACAGGUCUUGAUCAGAAGCAAAUAAACAACUGGUUUAUUAAUCAAAGAAAACGCCACUGGAAGCCUUCAGAGGAUAUGCAGUUUGUGGUCAUGGAUCCAACCCAUCCUCAUUAUUAUAUGGAUAAUGUUCUCUCCAAUUCAUUUCCCAUGGAUCUAUCUAACACAAUGCUCUAAAACAAUUACCUUGGUGCUUGUGAUCUGAAAAUUCCCUUGUGUUAUUAAUUAACUUUAUGUAAGGCAUUGAUAGGUCACUUUCAAGUGAAAACCUUAUACUAUAUAUUAUUAUAUAUUAAUGUGUGUAGAAAUUAAUUA